ACAGCGGAGCGGAAUGCGGAAUGUACCUAAUACCUACGUUGAAGAUUCAGUCAGUUGGCUGCGACUCUCAUAGACGCUGCGUGUGUUGUUUGCAACAAUUGUCAACUCGCGUCGGCUGUUUGAUACUUUUACGUAAACUCAUGUGUUCGUAAUAUCGUAGUUACAAAUACCGAAAUUAUAAAUUUCAAGGCUUCUAUAUAGACGCGGGCAUAAUGCCAGUUGCGAGUGUCAUUUAUUUACAUGUUUGAAUUAAUAAGUUGAUGUGUGAAGUAUGUUUUGAAUUGCAUUUCUAAAUUAAGAUACAAAUUAAUAUGUGAGGCCAGCUGUUGGUUGUGUGACGGAAAACAAAAUAAACAAUAAUAGGAAGUGACGUCACAACAGGUUUUUGGAAUCAUUAUAAAAUUAUGAUUGAUUAGCAUGAGUGUGGAACUGAAAAAACCGGUGCAACGACCGGCUGAAACGCUGAACAAUACUAUAAGUAGGGGUCGGAGUGUUACGGUCCCUAAUAAGUCCCUAGAGACAAAAUUAUGGGACUUACUGCAGCCUUUAGCGAGGCUGUGGGGACUUAUCAGCGCAGUUGUGAUGAGCGGCGCGGGGACAGAACUGGCAGUGCUGAAGUACGACAUGGCGCCGGCGGUGAUAGUAUGUGCUGCGGUGGUGUUCCUAUUGGAGACCAUGUGGGUGGUGGCGCUGUUUGUUGACCUGCUGGGCAGACGGGGAGACUACACCCUGGGCCUCCGAUGCUGGGACUUCAUGCGCUGGACCUGUGCGAGGAGCAGGGCCCCGUUCUACGCGUGUGUGGCGACGGCUUUGCUAUUCGCCAACUUAACCUUACUGGCGACAAUAGCAGGUGGCACGUUGCUGGUACUGGCAGCACUGAGGGCUGCGGUGCCAUGGUCACCGCACGCCAGCCAUGGACCUCACGCGCCCAGGGCCGGCAGCUCACUGCUGAGCCAGCAUGACUCUCCCCUUCCUGACGUUUAUUACAGCGCAGGACAUUCUGCUGAUGACAGGUAUAAAGAAAUGACAGUCCUUGAUGCAAAAACAUCGAGCAAAUCCGGAUCAACGUCGCCAAACUCCACUUUUUUGGAACUAUAAUUUUUUUUGUAAAAUAUUGUUUUGUUAAGAAGUAUUUAGGGGAUGCAAGAUCGUUUGUGCAUCGAAUGUAGCUUUAAGAACAAAGUAUUGGAUAAUUUUGUUUAUCGUAUUGUAAACGUUGCUGAAGGUACAUGACUUGAUGUUUAAUGGCCGUUCCCAAUAUUCAGUAUAUCUCUUACUUGAGAUAAAAAUCGUAACUAUCAUUGACUUUUCUGUCCCAAUAAAAUUAUCGACGGUAACUCACCUUAUCCGUACACGCUGUCUGUCAAUGGGACGACGUAUAGCUUACCAGCGAUAGAAGUUUGUAUGGAAAUUUCAAUUCACGCGUCCCAAUAUAAGGCGGUAAGAAUGACUUAUCGGAUAUAUUGCGACAGGUUCAGAUUAUUGACAGGUAAUUCCUGACAAUAGAAGGUAGUAAUUUAUCUCUAUCUACAGACAGUAUAUUGGGAAUGGCCGUAAGUAAUGUGUACUAUACAUGUAUAGAUAUUUCCUAGAAUAUCAAACUUUAUUGAUUCUUCCAUGGUUAAUAAUUACGAUAUCACAUAAAAUAACUAAAAUUUAUACGUUUUUAGUAUUAUUUUUUGUUACGUAGAUAAAAUAUGGAUUGAAAUUAUUGGAAUAGUAUUUGUAUAAUUUUUAAAAUUAGGAUAAAACUAAAUAUAUAAUACAUAGAUUAUCAAAAAAUGUGUCAAAUAUCUACGUAUUAAAUAUAUUACGUAAUCUAAGCCGACUUACGGCCAUUCCUAAUAUUCAGUCUAUCUCCUACUUGAGAUAAAAAUUGUAACUAUGGUUGAUUUUUUGUCCCAAUAAACUUAUCGACGGUACCUCACCUUAUCCGUACACGCUGUCUGUUGAUAUGACGACGUAAAGCUUACAAGCGAUAUAAAGUUUAUAUGGAAAUUGGAAUUCACGCGUCCCAAUAUAAGGCGAUAAGAAUGAAUUAUCGGGUAUAUUGGUACAGCUUCCGAUUAUUGAUAGCUAAUUUCUGACAGUAGAAGAUAGUAAUUUAUCUCUAUCAGUAGAAAGUAUAUUGGAAACGGCCGUUAAACGACACUCAUUUAACUGCAUCGAGGUAUUGGUGAAACCAGUCAUUAAUCUAAUUUGUCUGUGAUAGUUUUUUGUUAUAUAGUGCCCAUGUUAAUACUGGUAUUAGUUAGAAAAAUUACGUUUAAGUAUGAGUUAAAUAACAAUUUUCUUGGUGCAAUAUACCCGUAAAUGUUUAGCACUAUAUGCACAUAUAUUUAUAAAAUAAACAAAGUUUUAUAAAUAAAGUCCAAUACAAAUAAAAUUAAAAUAUAAUAUUACCUACACGUUUUUGAUAAUUUACAAAGUAGUUUUAUAAAUAUACAUAUUUAUUUUUAUAUUGUAAAUAAAUAAUUCAAAACAGUG